AUGAUUAUCUUACUCUUAAAGCCAAUCUUCUAUCUACGGUAGGAGUACGAGAUGGCGUCGAGCUUCACUUUCCCAUUGGAGUAGCUGUAAAUCAUAAUAACGACACCAUUAUAUGUGAUACUGGGCAUCAUAUAAUAUGGAUUGUAAAUGGAGACGGAAAACUCAAACAGAAAAUUCAGCAAAAGAAAAAAGGAGAACAUUUCUUCAGGCCUUCAGCAGUAGUAGUUAUGGAAGAUGAUAGUUUUGUCAUAAAGGAUAGUAUAGGACUUCAUUUAUAUAAUAAAGAUGGCAUUUUUAUAAGAAGUAUUGGCGAAACAGUACUCCAUAGGCCUUUUGGUCUUGCAAUUACAGAAGACCAGAAGUUGAUAACAUUAAACGAGACACGGAAAUCUGAUCUCUUUGUUUUCAACAAAGAUGGCGGUGUAGAAAACCGUAAUUUAUACGAACCAUUAAUUAAGCGACAUGAAAAAUCGAAAUGUCGAUUUUUGGCGUAUUACUCUAAUGAAGUCGUCGUAUCUGAUUUAGGUUUAAGUAUGAUGUAUAAAACUACUGUGGAUGGUAAAUUGAUCAAAACCUUCGGCACUUUUGGAAAUAUUGAGGGAACCAUGAACGAACCAUCUGGCAUCGCUUUGGAUCCGACAGGAACCAUGCUUAUUGGCGAUAGCAGAAACGAUCGUAUACAGGUCUUUGAUUGGGAAGGUGAAUAUAUGGGUAAAGUGACUUUCUCUCAUCCCAUUCGAAGACCGUCUGACAUAACUUUGACUAAAGAUGGACGUCUGUACGUUCUUAAUUACUUGAAUCAUCACUUAGCAAUUUAUGCUCUUAAAAUAGAGUAAUUUUCAAAUCUGUUCUUCACAGAUUAAUCAUUGUGAAUUUUAAGUAUUGAACAUAUUAAAUUGAAUUCAUACUGUUUAUCAGAUUUUGAAUUCUUUUUCAUAUUGUAUUCUUUAAGUUUCUUACAAUGUAAUGUACAUGUAUUGCAUUUAAUUUCAUAAAUUAA